UCACUCUAACGGUACAAACAAAGGUUGCUACGAUGGACCGCCUGUAGCACAAUUUUACAUUUAUUUAUCAUUCGCUAUUACCAUGGAGUCCGAGCCGACAUGUAAAGUGUGUGGUAGGCUGGAACGUGUGAUGAAGAGAUGCACGAGGUGUCGGCGCGUGUUUUACUGUUCCAGGUCGUGUCAGUUGAGAGAUUGGGUGACGCACAAGUACAGUUGUGUCAGACAGACGGAGGGAGAGACAAAGAAGUCAGAUCUCCCAUCAGAGGACGAGUCUUCUGACAAACAAGCACAAUAUAGACAUGAUGGAACGAUCUUCACGGACGAGAGUGAAAUGACCUCUUCUACCAAACCGGGUUAUCGCCCUACAGUAGACUUCGGUAAAGCUUUGACUAAAGAGAAAAAGUUGGAACAGAGACAAACAGAUGCCCCAGUAGAUUCUACGGCAGACAAUGGCGGAUCUGGUUCUAGAAUGUACCUGAACGACAACAUUUAUAUGGGGGACACGCCCACCGCCGAUAUUAGCCAACCCCACGACAAGAUCGUUGUCAAGGGCAACAGAGACAAACAGACAAUCGUGAUUCAAAAGACAUGGUCCGGAGAGGAAAUACUAAAAGUGAUAGCAAGUGAGGUGAAAGUCCCUCUUAACAAACUCAAGGUCAUACACAAGGGCAAGGUGAUGACGUCAGAAAAUAUCCGGUCAGCUGUACGCCCCAAGGCAUUGUUCCAGGUGAUUGGGGAGCGCGCCGAAAGCGAGGACGGCCUGGACAAAAGAGAUAUUGACAUCAUGAUGGCACAGCUCCACGUGGACAGAAACGAGGCUAUUCUGGCACUGAGAAAAAAGGGAGAUGUUAUUGAUGCUCUUUUGCAUGCUGGGAGUAAAUAAAAUAUUAAA